UGAGAAUCCCGUGAGUGUGUGUUCGUGUAUAUAUACACGUGUGUGUCUAUGUGCACGCGCAUGUGAGCCACCCAUCUCUCGUUGUAUCCAGCCGGGCGCGCACGCGAGCUUGUGGCGAGGUUCUCCCCUUUACGAGUCCCAAGUGCGCGAGGAUCCGGAGAUCAAAGCGCUGCGUUCAUGUGCGAGCCGUGCAGCCUGGACUCCGACUGCGUGUCUCCACCAUGCUACAUGAGCUGGGCGAUGGAGCCUACGAACUUCUACGACAGUAAGCAGACUGGUGACGGGAAAUGUCCCGAGGAGAGCACCAGCACCACCACGAUUAUCAUCAAUAACAACAACAACAACAACAACAACAGCAGCGUGGUGGAGCUGAGCAACGCGCCCGCCAUGUACGACGACGAGAGCGCGAUCGACUUCAGCGCCUACAUCGACUCCAUGUCGUCCGCGCCGAACUUCGAGCUGUGCAACGACGAGCUCUUCGCCGACCUGUUCAACAGCGCCGUCAAGCAGGAGAAGUCGGACUUCUACCAGCAGCUGGCGGCGUUCAAGGACGCGGCGGGCUACCCGGUCAAGCAGGAGACCGAGUGGAGCGACAGCAGCGACGCGCCGUCGUCGCUCCCGUCGCAGAUCGAGGCGUGCGCGCAGACGUCGGUGAGCAUCCACACGGGACAGCCGACGCCCCCGAGCACGCCCGAGCCGCCCUCGUCGUCGUCGUGCUCCUCCUCCAGCCCGCUGCGCAGGACGCCCAAGGACAAGAGCAAGAAGUCGGUGGACCGGCUGAGCCCGGAGUACCGGCUGCGGCGCGAGCGGAAUAACAUCGCCGUGCGCAAAAGCCGCGACAAGGCGAAGCGGCGCAACAUGGAGACGCAGCAGAAGCUCCUCGAGCUGAGCGCGGAGAACGAGCGCCUGCACAAGACCAUAGACCAGCUCACGCGCGAGCUCACCAGCCUCAGGCACGUCUUCAAACACCGCGAGACCCCCGACAACCGGUGAUCGCCGCCGUCACCACCACCACGCGCAUUGUAUUUUGUUUCUUUCCCUUUGGAUGACAUACCUCACCUCACAUGCACGACCCUAAAACUCUGACUGUGCACCAGAACUGAACUCAACAUGUUUGUGAAUAUUAUCUUUUUUUUUUUUUUUUUUGUAUUCUAAAUUAUUACAGGAAAAAAAGUCAUAUAUAUUACGGUACAUGUUUUAUAAUUCCAAACUUUGUAUUCAAAUAUGUGAACAUUUUAUAUAAAGUUUGUAAAGAGAUUAAAAAAAAACUGGAAUAUUGAUAGAAAUAAAAAUGAGAUACGUUUUAAAUAUCAA